AGAGAGAGAGAGAGAGAGAGAGAGAGAGAGGGUUAAACCGCGGAACAAAGCACACGCAUCCAUCCCUGCCCCGUCCGUCUCCCGUCGCACUCGCAGGCAGUCGCCCUCGCCUCUGCGGUCUCAAACCCGCGCACACGCGCCGCGAGCGAGGGCCAGGACCAGGAGGGCACGGAAGUGGGAGCCCGCAGCUUCUUGUCGGCGCGGGGCGGGGGGUUGAGGCGAGCCACUCCCCUUCCGCCGAUUCGACUCCCUCGGGUCCCGGGCCGUCGUCUCCGGCGGCCGCACCGACGGAUCCUCUCUCGCCGAAUCGCCCGGUUGCGGGAGUGAUCUAGUGGUUUUUUUGGUCUGCGGCGGGGGUCGAGAUGGAGGACUUGCUGAACACGGAGAUCGGGAAGAACGACUAUGACUGGCUUCUGACGCCCCCUGGAACUCCCCGUGUUCCUGCAUUAGAUGCUGCUGAGAAAGCCCCACCCUCAACUGUGACUAAACGUACUGUUAACAGAUCAUCCUCGACAACUAGAGCAUCUAGGCUUUCCACUUCUGAGACAGAGAAUGGGCACUCGACAUUUCCCACUAGGCCAGCACGGAGUAUAUCUGUCUCCCGCCGGGCAGUUCAAUCUACACCAAUGUCUAGCAACAGCAGGUCAUCAGUCCUCAGUGCAAACAUUUCCUCUGUUAGUUCAAGACCUACAACCCCAAGCAAGCGGACUGCCACUCUUACUGCAUCAAAGGCAUCUGUUCUAUCGUCACGUCCAGUGCCAACACGGUCCUCUACACCUGUCAAAGCCCGUCUGUCUACACCAACUAAUACUCGUCCAUCCACUCCAGUGAAAAACCGUCCUUCUGUGUCCAACUCUAUGACCAACUCUGUUGUUCCCAAGAACAUGUCAGCACAAAGCUCAAGAUCAUCAACUCCAACCUCUCGGUCUCGAACCUUGUCCAGUUCAUCUUCAAGCAGUACAAGUGCAGUGAGUCGUCCCAGCUCAUCCUCUGGUAAAGUUCCUGCAAUAAGUCGUACCAGUUCUUCAUCAAGUACAGUUCCGUCAGUGAGCCGUUCUAGCUCUCGGUCAUCCACACCCACUCGUCAGCCUGUCAUGCGUUCAUCAACACCAUCUGCUGGGCGGAUUUCUGGCAGCAAUAACAUGAUAUCUAAUGGCAGACCCUUAGCAAGCAGUGGUCGGAGUUCAGCACCUUCAUCAGCACCAUCAUCUCGUCCAAGUUCCCCAAAUACACGGACACGAGCUCCAGUUCGCCCACUAGAUAUUCCAGAUUUUCCAAGUGACACUCCACCGAACUUAAGGACUAAACUGCCAGAACGACCACUCUCUACUGGUAGAGUACGGCCAGGUAUUACUUCAGGUGUCCGGUCAACCCCAAAUGCUGAACCAGUCCUCUCAGCUCCUGUAAAAAAGAUGUCUGUGCCUGCUAUCACUCGAAGUAAGUUCUCAGAUAUACAAUCAAAGACAUCUCUUACCAAUGGUCACCAAAGUAGGCCGAGUGAAAGAUCUCUUUUGGAUGGUCAAACAACUAGAACCUCGCGGUCUGUCACAGCUGCAGACAAUGGAUUCGGCAGGACAAUAUCGAGGAAGUCACUUGACAUGGCUAUCAGGCACAUGGACAUUCGACAAAAUUUGGGUGGCAUCCGUGGUACAUCUCUAUUUCCUCAUAGCAUUCGUUCUACUACUACCAAGGGCCGACCAGCUCGAACCUCAGAUCCAGGCCAUUCCGUCUCAAAUGGUGACCGAUACUUCACAGAUAAUGGCAGCAGCAAUGGACACUUCUCUGGAGAUUCUAGUGGUGCUCUUUCACAUAAUGGUGGGAGCUCAAUUGGUUCCCCUGAUAGGGAAACCUUUGGAACAAAAGAGGUUCUGAGUGAACUGGAUAUAUAUGCCAAUUCACGAUAUGAGGCGAUGUUACUGAAGGAGGACACCAAUAACAUGAGUUGGUUGCACAAUGUGGACGACAAGUCUGACCAGAGCCCAGUGUUUGAUCAUAGGUUCGAGCCGCUCCCUGAGCCAUUCGGUCCGCUAUGAACUCUUUAUACUAUGCAUAAAGAUUCCACUCAUUGUGUUGUUCAUCACUUGUUAUUGAGUUGAAGGUUUUAUGCCGUCUCUCUUUCUGUUUGAUCGCCCACCUCCCCCAUCUUUUUAUAGAUAUAUGCUAGAACAGAUAAAGAUCGUGGGGUUUGCACUUUCUCUUUAAUAGCUGAAGUCUUGAUUCCGAGUGACUUGUGCUGGAAAUCCAAUGUGCGGGAAUAAUAUAUAUACUCAAUUCCCAUCCUUGUCUAUCAUUUUGAUAAAUGUUUAAAGUUUCAACUGUUUA